AUGAUGAAAAUAUUUCUUCUUUCAACUUUUGCCGCUGAAGCAAAACUCGCCCUAAAUCACGUUUCCCGAACAUUGACCGGUCAGUGGAUAGAUGAUUUUUACAGCAGUGAACACUCUCAAUCGUCAAGCAGAUUCAAAAGAGAAGCUUCUGUUGGAGAGAAGGGAUUCAGGCCGCUAGCCGCGAUGAUGCUUUACAUGCAGGGAGAAUUUCGGAGGAACAAGGAUCCUCGAGAUCGGGAUGAUUUCAACGAAAUGCUCGCGGAAAUCGAAGCGAAAUACACCUCCUACGGCUGUUAUUGCUGGAUUGACGGCGUCGACGCUGGUGUCAUCGGUGGAGGACGUCCUAAAGAUACAAUCGAUCAUCACUGCAAAGAACUCUACAGAUGCUACAAAUGCGUGAACAGCGAUUACAACACCAACUACACCGAGAUCUCCUACAGCGUCAAUUUCUCCAUCACCGAGCCAGAAAACGAAGGAGGAAAGAUCCGGAGAAAUCUGGAAUGCGGCCACAACGGGAAAGAAGAUGCUUCGAACAUCUGCGAGUGCGAUAAGCAUUUUGCAAUUGAAAUCGCCAAAGAAGCUCGACAAUGCGAUAGGGGAGCUGAUGACCAUGAGGAUUUUGGAUCGAGGUGUAUUGAUGAACAGUACAGGACGAUCAAUGGCGGAGGAUCAUUUGUGCCAAAUGCCCAGUGCGACAAGAAAAUGGCGGACAUCAGUCGAGAUCAUUGCUGUGGAAUCUACCCCGAACGAAAGCCAUACAAUAAGGACAUAAAAGAGUGCUGCGAAAUAACAAGAAUCGACUCCAACUUGAACAACGUCACUACUUACGAGAUCUUCGGCGCUGGAACUUGCGAAGAUCGCGAAGGAGUAGUCGUCGAAUCUAUUCCCGGGGAUCCUCACAGCUAUAUCGCGACUUUUAAGAAAUCCAAUUUGUAA